UGUCACAUGCAGACACACAGGCAGCUCUAUGGAGAUACUCAUGUUGUGAGGAACCUUACUGAGUUUGCUCACAGUUGUGUGAGUGAGCCACCUUGAAAGUGUAUAUUGCACCCCUGGCUGAUAACUUAAAUGCAACCUAAUGAGACUGUGAGCCAGAACCACCCAGAUGAGCUGCUCUCAAAUUCCUGAUGCAUAGAAGUUGUGAGACAAUAAAUGUUGUUUUAAGGUGCUAAGUUUUGUGGCAAUGCGUUAAUGCAGCAAUAGAAAGACACAUUUAAUGAAGCCAGACACCAAAAUGCUAACACUCUUUCCUGGAGAGAAAAAGGCUAAGAUUUCUUUUACUCAAAGAAUUCCACCUACAGGCACUCGGCAGACCAGCAUUGCUUCCUUCUUCACCUUGCAUCCAGGAAAGACAAAUGGUGGUGACCAGAGGAGUGUUUCAUCUCAUAUAGAAAGUCAGAUCAACAACGAGUCUAAGAAAGAUGCAACCCAUCUAGAUCAUCUGAUCCAGGGCUUGGAGGACGAUUGCAUGUCACCCCCAUUAGCCACUUCAACCCCUGCAGAUACCCAGGAAGCUGGACGUUCUCCUCAUUCCCUCCAGGCUUCUGACCACCACAGAAUGGGAACUCCAUUUUUGACUAUGCUGUCUUUGCCCCAGUCUGACACCUUGGUCUGUGCUGGAAAGAGUAAAGCCUCAAUCUCUUGUUCCUUCACUCAGAACUUGGAAGGUUCUUACUUGCUGGACCAAAAGGAAGGAGAGAAAGAUUCUUCCUGGAAAAGGGAAUGGCUUCAUGGAUCUAAGGAAAAAAACCAUCAGGAUGUGGAGAGACGCGUUCAACCACCUGGGGGCGAGGGCCUUCAGUCCCUGGACAAGAUUAAAUUGGAAAAGGUGUCUGCCAGAGAAACCAGGCAGGCCCCCAUCCUCCUUCAAACAUGCAGGGAUUCCUGGAAUGGAGAAAACACAGACUCAAUGAAACAAAGCCCUUGUCCUGUCCCUGCGUUUUCCUGGGACAGUGAAAAGAAUGACAAGGACUCCUGGAGUCAGCUUUUCACUGAGGAUUCUCAGGGCCAGCGGGUCAUUGCCCACAACUCCAGAGCUCCUUUCCGAGAUGUAACAAACAAUCAGAAUCGGGGCUUACAGCAGUUUCAUAAUAGCUCUUGGGCUCAGUGCCAGGAGAGGCCCACUCAGUUAAAUCUGCAGCCUGAUUUGCUCUUUACGCAGGACUCUGAAGGUAAUCAAGUUAUCAGGCACCAAGUCUAAAUGUCUUUAUGAUGGUUGGUUCCAGAAGUACCUUGAGAUGACAAAGCUAUAGGAAAAUGUUGGGCAGAGAGGUGGCAAGGGAGGCAAGGGAUGACGUUAUUACUGAGCAUUUUCGUUGUGUAAAUAAAGCAGGAGGUGCCACUUUUGAGACUGUAUGAUUGACAUUGUGCCUCUCCCCAAGGAAGAGGUGGCUGGUAACCUUGUACAAGUCUGUGAUGAGCACCGAGGAGGUAGGGCAGGUAAUUAUCCUUCCAGUAAAGAGCCCUUACUCAGCCUGCAAAGCCACCUCUUUGCCCUUUCAGAUGUCUGACUAGGACACUGCUUCUUACGGAUGUGUGUUCUUCUAAUUUCUGGCUGUUGUCUUAACCACACAACCUUGGGACCAUUAUUUCUGACACCUUUUUGAGUGAUAAGGCACAUCCUCCUGGGUCUAGAGGUAUGGGAGCAGGGAGGAUAGAGAGAUAAAUAGAAAGUAGAAUGAUGGUAGGGUGUUUUUGGUUUUAAAGUAGGCUCCAUGCCCAGUGUGGAGCCCAAUACAGCUUGAGUUCAUGACCCUGAGAUCAAGACCUGAGCUCAGAUCGAGUCAGACGCUUAACCAACUGAGCCACCCAAGCACCCCAAUGGUAGGUUUAAAAAAAAAAAACAACUUAUUUUAUUUUUGUGGGGACUUGACAGCAUUUUAAAGUCUUAUAUUCUGUGUUUAAACUUCUAAGAAAAAGCCUUGCUGGGGCCCCUGGGUGGCUCAGUUGGUUAAGCGUCUGCCUUCAGCACACGUCAUGAUCUCAGGGUCCUGGGAUCGAGCCCCUCAUCGGGCUCCCUGCUCAGUGGAGAGUCUCCCUCUUCCUCUGCCCCUCCCCAUCCCCCAUUUGUGCUCUCUUUCUCUCUCAAAUAAAUAAAAAAAAUCUUUAAAAAAAUAUUUUUAAAAAGCCUGUGCUUUAAAAAAAAAAAAAAAGCCUGAGGCUAUAUAGCAAUCUAGCUGUGAUGAUACCAAUCUUCUACAACGUGUAAGAGAACUCCUUUUGUAAAACUAUGAAUCCAAAUAAA